CUUUUUUCAUGAAUUAGGACUUAUUUAUUUUAAAUAUAACAAAAAAGAAAAAUUUUGACGGCCAGCCAGUCAUUUUGAGGUGAGAACUAAAACACCAUUCCUUGAAAUGGCUCGAAGAAACAACGAUCAAGCCUUUGAAGACCACUACGAUCAUCUUCAUCGUGCAGCGGAAGAGGGAAAUCUUGAGAAAGUUCAGGACCUUAUUGAGCGACAGGGGGUAAAUAUUGAUACAGUGUCUGCAGUGCUUGAGAAAACUGCUCUGUUCAUAUCGUCCGAAAAUGGGUAUCUGGACCUCGUUAAAUAUUUAGUAAAUAAAGGGGCUGCUAUAAAUAUCACAAAUACAGAUGGCCAGUCUCCUUUAUGGGUUGCAGUAUACAAUGGUCAUGUAGAUGUGGUGCGGUAUCUCGUUGAAAACAACGCAGACGUUACGACUACGUCACACGCUGGUCAGGAUGUUGUAAGUGCAGCUUUAAGAGGAGGACAUGAAGAUACUUUUAUGUAUCUUGAUCAGCUUGGCAUUAAUGUGGAUAAAAGAGAGGAGGGAGGUAAAUUAUUGCAGAACGCUGUACAUGGUGGCAAUUUAAAUUUGGUAAAGUAUCUAGUAGACGGAUACAAUAUUAAUGUCAACGCUGGUACCGUAACUGGUACCCCUUUACAUACAGCUGCAGAAAAGGGAUAUUUAGAUAUUGUGAGGUAUCUAAUUGAAAAGGGUGCCUUGGUUAAUAUGCCUGUACAACAUAACGUUACUGCUUUGUAUGCAGCAUGUAAAGCAGGGCACUUAGAUGUUGUUAAAUGUCUUGUUGACCAUGAAGCUGAUAUGCACAUAGCUGCAAAAGAGGGGCAAAUGAAAAUCGGUAAAUUCGUGCUAGGAAGGGAACAUAUUAUGACAUCUCUAGCUUUUGCAAAAGCACAUAAAAAAACAGACUUAGUCCAGUUUUUGUCAAGCAAGAUUGAUUCUAAUUCAGGUGGUGUUAAAAAUGAAAUAAGCGAGAAAAUUCACCGUUUCUCAAGUAACCCAAGUCAUUGGAACAGCAGACUUCUCGCAAAAGUAAUCAGGAAAGGAAACAUUGAUGUGGUCAAAACUUUAAUCGCGAGAGGAAUUAAUAUAAACGAUCGCAUUUUAAACGGCAACACGUUACUUCUGGAAGCAGCAAAACACAGAAAAUGUGAGCUUGUACGCUUCCUGGUCGACAAUGGUGCCGAUAUUAACCAAACGACGCAAGGAAGCUAUAUGCCCUUGCAUUUUGCGUGCUCAAAAGGGCAUUUGAAUGUCGUCAAAUGCCUCGUUGAGAAAGGCGCAGAUGUUAAUUUUGUUUUUCCUCCAACUCAAAGAUUUCCUUUAAAUUAUGCGGUACACAACAACAGAAAUGAAAUUGUCGAUUACCAAUAA